AUGGGGGAGAACGGCGUGGGCAAGAACUACUACCCGCAGGGGGGCGCGGCGGCGGCGGCCAUGGAGGUGUCCUCCGUGGAGCACGGCCAGGCUGGCGGCUCCAAGUGCUACGACGACGACGGCCGCCUCAAGCGCACCGGGACGAUGUGGACGGCGAGCGCACACAUCAUCACGGCGGUGAUCGGGUCCGGGGUGCUGUCGCUGGCCUGGGCCAUCGGGCAGCUCGGCUGGGUGGCCGGCCCCGCCGUCAUGCUGCUCUUCUCCCUCGUCACCUACUACACCUCCUCGCUGCUCUCCGACUGCUACCGCUACGGCGACGAGACCACCGGCAAGCGCAACUACACCUACAUGGACGCCGUCAACGCCAACCUCAGUGGCAUCAAGGUCCAGCUCUGCGGAUUCCUGCAGUACGCCAACAUCGUCGGCGUCGCCAUCGGAUACACCAUCGCCGCCUCCAUUAGCAUGCUUGCGAUCAAGAGGGCCAACUGCUUCCACGUCAAGGGGCACGUGAACCCGUGCCACAUCUCGAGCACGCCCUACAUGGUCAUCUUCGGCGUGGCGCAGAUCUUCUUCUCGCAGAUCCCGGACUUCGACCAGAUCUCCUGGCUCUCCAUCCUGGCCGCCAUCAUGUCCUUCACCUACUCCACCAUCGGCCUCGGCCUCGGCAUCGUCCAGGUGGUCGCCAACAAGGGCGUCAAGGGCAGCCUCACCGGCAUCAGCAUCGGCGCCGUCACGCCCAUCGACAAGGUCUGGCGGAGCCUCCAGGCGUUCGGCGACAUCGCCUUCGCCUACUCCUAUUCGCUCAUCCUCAUCGAGAUCCAGGACACCAUCAGGGCGCCGCCGCCGUCCGAGGCCAAGGUCAUGCGCCGCGCCACCCUCGUCAGCGUCGCCACCACCACGCUCUUCUACAUGCUCUGCGGCUGCAUGGGCUACGCCGCCUUCGGCGACGACGCACCCGGGAACCUCCUCACCGGCUUCGGCUUCUACGAGCCCUUCUGGCUCCUCGACAUCGCCAACGCCGCCAUCGUCGUCCACCUCGUCGGCGCCUACCAGGUCUACUGCCAGCCCCUGUUCGCCUUCGUCGAGAAGUGGGCGCAGCAGAGGUGGCCCAAGUCAGGGUUCAUCACCGGAGAGAUCCAGGUCCCGCUCGUCUCCUCCGGCUUCAAGCUCAACCUCUUCCGCCUGACGUGGCGGUCGGCGUUCGUGGUGGCGACGACGGUGGUGUCGAUGCUGCUGCCCUUCUUCAACGACGUCGUCGGCUUCCUCGGCGCCAUCGGGUUCUGGCCGCCGGCUCCAUCGCCGGGAUAA